AUGGGGAUUGUAUUUUGGACGCUCUUUCUUCUAGUUCUUCCAGUGCUUCAGUCUGCCAAGAUUCUGACUGUCUGUCUGAUUGGAGGAAGCCACUACAUGUUGUUAGAUGAAAUAUCUCAUAACUUACACCAGCAAGGCCAUGACGUCCACAUGCUCUUGCAGCUAGGCAUCCCAGUUAUUACAGGUUUUUCCUACGCAGCACGUGCAGACACUUAUAAAAGAAGCACAUGGUCCUUAGGAGAAAAGUACAUCAGUGAAUACAAUGACUGGUUUCUGGAGCAACAAACGCAGUUUUUACUGGGAAGGGAGAGCUUUAAUGGUUUUCUAAACUUCAUGGGGCACUUAGCGUUCCAGUGUGAUAAGCUAUUGGAGGACAAAGAGAUGAUAACUUUCCUACAAAAGGAACAAUAUGAUAUCACCAUCAUUGAUGCUUUUAACCCCUGUUCCUUCAUCCUGGCUCAUAGACUGAGGAUCCAGUACAUAGCUUUUUAUCCAGGCCCUUUGAAUGGUCCUCUGUCCAUCACUCUUCCCAGCCCAGUGUCCUACAUCCCAGUCUUCAGCUCCCAGCUGUCUGACCGCAUGAACCUCUGGGGUCGGACUAAAAAUUUAAUCUAUUCUCUGUUGUCACCAAUAGGACAGGAAAUGGUAUGGUCAGUAUUUAGUGAAGUAGCUGAGCGUCACCUUGAGUCAGGCUCACCCUCUGGCGGGCUGAGUGAGUUACACCAAGGAGCAGAACUCUGGGCUUUCAACACCGACUUUUCACUGGAGUUCCCGCAGCCUCUCAUGCCUUACACUGUGCUGGUGGGAGGCCUUCUGGAUAAAGUCGCCAAGCCUUUGGAGCAGGACCUUGAAUUAUGGAUCUCCAGUUUUGGAGAGAUGGGUUUUAUUGUUGUUACUCUUGGAUCAAUGGUCUCUUCAGUGUCUGUGGAUCCUCUGCUUGAGGAACUAGUGGCAGGCUUCUCUAAGAUCCCACAGGCGGUACUCUGGAGGUACGAUUCUCACAAAUGGCCCUCUCAUCUGAAUAGACCUCCCAAUCUCAGGCUGUUAGACUGGCUGCCUAUUAAUGAUCUGCUAGGGCACAAAACAGUGCGCCUCUUUAUCACCCAUGGGGGGCAAAACAGCCUGCUCCAGGCAGUGUACCAUGCGGUUCCUGUGCUGGGAAUUCCUCUGUUUGGGGAUCAGUUUGAUAAUUUGGUGAGAGCUGAGACAAAAGGACUUGGUCUCAGCAUCAACCCCAGACACAUCACCAGAGACCUUCUCAAAACCACCGUUCAUCACCUUAUACAAGACUUCAGGUUCAAGUCUUCAGCUUUGUCCCUCAGCAGGAUCCAUAAAUCCCAUCCUGUCCCUCCUGGCCUUCGGUUCACCGGGUGGGUGGAGCACAUUCUGAAGAGUGGAGGAGGAGCUCAUUUGAGGCCAGUUUCACUAACACAACCAUGGUACCAGCGAUGCCUGCUGGACCUGGUGCUUCUUCUCUGCCUGGGGCUUCUUGGACCUGCAGUUCUUUGGUGGACAUUGUGUCGGACCAAGAAUAACACAGACAAACACAAUAAAACACAAUAG